GGCCCCACCGCCGGCGGCGCUCGGGGGGCGGCGGCCGCUUCAGCGCGAGCGCUCCGCACAUCUUUUUCUAUCCAAAGCUCAUUAACCCCCGUGUCCCUUUGCAUUCCAGUUUGGAGGUGUAAUGUCUGCUGAACUACAGAGAAACCAUCAGAAGGCUGCUGCGGUAGUUCUUGAGGUCUGCGCUACUCUGCUCCGGAGGCAGAAGCUUGUGUGGUUCCUAUGCAGAAAAGCCAUCAGUGAUGACACUGAAGUAGAUCACACAUGAGAGUCCUCAAAAUGAGGGGAAACUGUCUGCUGCUGUAGCCAGCACCUGUCUCUUACCAAGCUGUUGUGUCCUCCACUCAAGAGACACUAAGAGCUGGCAGGAUGAGUUCCAGCUCACCCUCUGCACGUGACUUCUACCACAGCAGCAGCACAACAGCUAAACCAGAUGCAGGGACAACUCUGGACGCAUCUGUACCAGAAACAGCUACUGUGAGCCCUGAGACUACUAGCUUCAACAGCACCAAAAUCCCAGAUGUGGCCAGCAAUGGGCCCAGCAUGAGCGCCAUGCUGCUGUCCUUUGGGAUCAUUACUGUGAUUGGGUUGGCUGUAGCUAUGGUUCUGUAUAUCAGGAAGAGGAAGAGGUUGGAGAAGCUACGGCACCAGCUCAUGCCAAUGUACAACUUUGAUCCCACCGAAGAACAGGAUGAACUGGAGCAGGAGCUCCUGGAACAUGGGCGAGAUGCAGCAUCUUCCCAGGCAUCACAGAGCAAGCCUUUCUCAAAGACAGAGCCCGCAGGGAUAGUUGGAACAGUUCCAGGAGCAGGAAUUCUCCUCAACAGGCCUCAGUUUUCACAUACUUGACACUUUCAGGUAACCUGUAGCAAGCUUGGUAUGGGCAGAAGGGAAGAAAGAAGAAAAUAAAUACAACUGUAAUUAUAAAAUUAUUUACUUUGAGGGAUGCUUCCCAACCUGCCAAAGAACAUGCAGGAGAUGUGUUAGAAUAGGGAAGGUAAACAACAUAUUCCAUAUGCCAUUUUAGGAAAGCAGAGAAAUACAGAUGUAUGAAAGCAAAGGAUCCUGUCCUCUGAGCAGUAUGUACAGGGAAAACAUCAGGUUUCUCUAUCAGAGCAAGCAGGAUUUCCCUUCAGGUAGUAAAGAGGGGAAAUAACAAGGCUGGAAUUAAACUCAGAACAAUAAGAGUGUAUCCUUCCUAUGUAGUGCUUGGCCAGCAGAAUACCUGUGUUCCCUCUGGAGCUUGCUAAUGAACAGAUACCUCUACUUGGACAGCACACUAGUUUAAUGGCUUACUGUAGCAAGAGAAGCAGUCUAAAAUAGCAGCCAAACUUAAGUUUCUGGCAUGUUUCCAGGCAUUCUUGAGGUUUCAAUUCUUUGCAUGCUGUCUUGUGUAUAUAAAUGGUGAAACACACAUAGCAAGUCUUUGCAGUCCUGGAAAAAACUACACCCAGUAAUCCAAUGAUGUGGGUAUUUUAAAUUGUCAUGGAUGUGGUGACUUGUUCUCUGGCUUGUAUUUUUCUCAUAGCCUUCUUGAUGCCAUGUUAUUAUAUCAGCCCCACCUUAAGAGGAGAGCAGAAUAAAAAAGAGUAAUAGAAUACAAUAGUGCAGUUGGAACAAAGAUCAUCAAGCCCAACUGCCUGACCACUUUAGGGCUAACCACGAGUUAACAUACAUUACUGAAGGCAUUGCCCAGAUGCCUCUUGAACAAUGACAGGCCAUGGGGCACCAACCAGCACCAACCUCUCUGGAAUGCCUGUUCCAGUGUUUAACUACCCUCACAGCAAAGAAAUUUUCCCUGCUGCCCAGUCUGACCCUCCCAUGGCACAGCUCUGUGCCAUUCCCCUCCUACCGUUGGCUCCAAGAAGCAGAGUGUGGCACCUCCCUCUGCUUUCCCUCCUCAAGGAGAUGCAGAGAGCAGUGAGGCCACCUUUUCUCCAGACCGGACAGCCCAGGUGUCCUCACAGAACAUGCCUCCCAGCUCUGUUACCAGCUUUGCUGUCCUUAGUAAGGGGCUGGAUCUAGUUACAGUGCUGCACAGCCUGUGCCCAGGGCCGUGCACCAAGGUAAGGCACACUUGCUGGGUCUCAUCUUUCACUGCUUCAAUGCAGAUUCUGCUGACGAGUCAAGGAGCCCUCCAAAGACCCAGCCGUCUUGUGUUCACAGACGUUGCCAAUGCCAUCAAUGCAUGAACAGUACCUGCCCCUGCUCUGGGAUUGUGCCAAGAUUGGGGAGGAUGGAGCCACCAAACCAGCAACUUCUCAUGAGUGUGGCUGAGUCACGGAGCCCAGCUGGUCACACUGCUGGGUUGUGUUGCAGAUGGGCACACGCACCGGGAACAGACACCACUUGGGAAGGAAACCCUUUACGAUGGCAGUAGCAGUUUUUGGUGUGUCCACUACUACUACUACAAGGUCCUGAGCUGCCGUGCUGCUCCAGGUUCUGGGCUGGUGCUGACUGACACCAUCUACCAAGCUGUGUGCUUAGAAAUAGUGCUCGCUCUGUUGUAGAUUAACUUAUCCGAGCACGUCUGCGUGCUCUCUGGAUCAAGGAAAGAGGAGAGAUGCAUGUUCCAGAUAGCUUACCUGUUGGCUUUAUGCCACCAGAUCCCAACGAGAGCAGUGAAUGAGCCUCUGUGCAGCAACCACAGCAUUGGCAGACCCUGGAAGGGUGGCUGGUGGCAAAGCCUCCUUCAUCUGGGGAAACUGAUGGUCAUAGCUGAGUGGUAAAUCAGAGGCACACAGGAGGAAAACUCAUACCAUGGGCUUUUCCCCUUGUGGCUUGUGUGAUGCUGAUAAAUGCGUGCCUGGGCUGGCACUGCAGCAUGGGGAGUUCGCUAGUUCUAAAAUGCCAAAUGAUGAACAUCUGGCUGGUAACACCCUAACUGAGGAAUUGGCUGAAUAUCCCACAUUAAGGCUGCUGUGUGGAAAGAGGAGAAUCCACAUAGCUGUAGGCAGGGCUGCCAUGUCUGGCUACAUGACUCCCUGCUGCUGACCUAGGAAUGGUGGUGCCCGUGCCAGAUAGAGGAGUCAAGCAGAACUGGGGCUCUGGUACCAUGUGUCCUGCCUGCUUCAGCUCAGGGAAGUUUUACUGAGCAGAGAGAAUAUUAAGCCUUGAACUUUUUUCUUUUGAAUGAGGAAAAACAGGUCUUGGCUCUGUGUUGCAAUGUCUGCCCAGAGGUGGCUGAACAUCUGGUUACUUCCUUACCUGAUAGACCUGCAGAGUCUUCUCCCUGCUGAUGUUACUUGCUAAUGCAGAAGGUGGGUCUUGGCAGGUAAGCCAGUAGCUCUCCUGUAAGCCUGAAGCACCUCUCAGCCAGUGUUCCCUUCAGGGCUGUGGGAGGGAGUGCAGAGGGGUUUCCGGCCACGUUGGUGUGCAGCAUGAGUGCUGUUCUCUGCAGCCUUUUUGAUGGCCACCAGCCCAGGGUGCUGCUGGCCAGCACAGAGGCUAGGAAAUGGCAGCAGGGUCCAGGCUGUGCUCUCAUACUGUAAACAAAGAGCAUGGCAGAAAGGACUACUGGAGGGUCCGGUAUGGCCAUGGCAUUGGGCAGAUGCCAUGUCCCCCCUGUCCUGCUCCUCAGCCUUGAAACUGCAGAGAUUAAAAAAAAGGUAUGUGCUUCUGUUCACCCUGGUUGGCCAUCAAUGACCAGGGGGAAGGAGUGCUCCUUUUUGGUAACCUCUUGCAGAGAUCAUCUCUCACUCCUAGAUGGGUGGUGGCUUUAGGUCCCUGGAGGUGAAUGCACAAGUCAGACUGUCUCACUGCUGUGUUCAUGGUGCUCUGCACACACAGCCUGCACACAGGCAUCAGUGCCCAGCUAUGUACUGAUCACUGUUGAUAUUUUUGUUUGGUUUUGUUUUUUGUUUGUUUUUUUGUUUUGCAGCACCUGCUUUUGUCAGAUCCUAUUCCAUCCACAGCACUAGUUAACAGGGAAUCAGGGCCAGCCAAAAUCUGAAUGCAGAUCUAAAGGUGAGCUUUUUGUAAGAAGGUGUUUCACUAGUGGCAAUUCAGGUAACAUGCUUUGCUGCAAGCUUGGGCCUCCAAGCUAGUUUUUGUUCUCUUAAGUGCUGUAUUUUGCUCCCCACUGUGAUUUUUCUUCUUUCAAACCCUUUUCUGGACACAUGCCACUGACCCCUGCAGUGAACAGCUCACCAGCCCUGCCUUCUUCAUUGACCCAGCUUCCCUCUUGACAUUUCUGCAGGACUAAGUUGCUUUAAUUUUUCAGUCUCUCUCUUCCUUUUAAAGACCAGAGAGCUAUGGAAGGGAAGUAUAGAAGUGUCAGCACCUGUAGAAAAUGGCCUGUCCUCAACGCCUGGUACGGUAUGGCAGGAGGCAUUCCUGGGUUGCUGGUGUUGGCACUCUGAGGAGACUGUUGGAAGGAGGGUGCGGGUACAAAUAUUCCAUGUAAUCUAAAUUUGGAGGCCACUGUCUUCGGGUCUUCCCAGAAGUUAUGCUUACGUGAGCAGCUAAAAAAGCAGACACGUUCCCUCAGCCCUAACUUCCAUCUCUUUCUCACCUCCAAGUGCUCACUGAGAACAACCAGCUGCAGAGACUUCAGGUUCCUCCCUUCAGCAGCAGGCACUCAUUGCCUGUCACACUCCUGUGCCCUGCAGCAGGGCACGGACACGAGUGGUGGCAGUGGUGCAUGGCUGUCCCAACCUGCCAGCAUUCGAUCCCUCUAAUUCUGGGAUGGAAACUUGUGUUGUUGGUGUUGUCAUUAUACACUCCACAAAAGGCAACCAAUGGUGGGCUGUUUCCUCAGACCACUGUGCAGUGCUGAGCAGUGCACGUGCCAGCUGCAGCACAAAACCACACGCCUCGUUCUGCAUCAGUGCUGAGAUAAACCUUGUGCAACAGACACUCCUGCAGAGGAGUUCUCUUCAACUCUUCUUCCUGCAGCAGUAGGUUUUGUCCUGUGAUGACUGCCCUUGGGUUAAAGAAGUAUGGAAAAUAAGGUUAAAAGAGUAUUAUGGGUAUUUGCUGGGCUUGUGCUGGAGUAUUCUUUUAGUUCAGUAGCACCUUUGCUCACAGUUCUUGGAAGUAUAUGUGCAACCUAGCAGAAGCAUUAUGAUGUAAUUGAAUUCAAGUGUUCUGUGUUUUAAGCAUCGAAAUACAAUGACAGAAUUUACAUGAAA